AUGACUUUGGGAUGGAACACUAGUGUUGGUUCAUAUUGGAGCAGGGAUGAUGAUAUUGCUUUCGAGACAGCCCUUGCAUUUUAUGACGAUGAAAGAAAGAUUUGUUGGGAUAGCAUUGCUGAAGUUGUUCCUGGGAAAACUACAGCACAUAUUAUUGAUCAUUACAAUAAUUUAAUUCGUGAUGUUAUGGACAUUGAAUCUGGACGUGUACCUCUUCCAGAUUAUCGUGUUCCAGAAGAACCAAAUCCCAAUGCUAGAGGUAAAAGAAAACUCAAGCACAAACGACAAAAGGGAGUUUCUUGGACAUUAGAUGAACACAGACAAUUUCUUAUUGGUUUGGCUAAGUAUGGGAAAGGUGAUUGGCGUAGCAUUUCUCGUAACUCUGUGAGGACAAGAACACCAACUCAGGUUGCAAGUCAUGCUCAAAAAUACUUUGAACGUCUGAACUCAAAGAACAAACACAGAAACAGGGCAAGCAUUCAUGACAUCACCGUUGAUGAAGAAAACAGAAACAUCUCACCAAAACAAGGAGCAAUCGGCACAUGGGAUGAUGAUAUUGCUUUCGAGACAGCCCUUGCAUUUUAUGACGAUGAAAGAAAGAUUUGUUGGGAUAGCAUUGCUGAAGUUGUUCCUGGGAAAACUACAGCACAUAUUAUUGAUCAUUACAAUAAUUUAAUUCGUGAUGUUAUGGACAUUGAAUCUGGACGUGUACCUCUUCCAGAUUAUCGUGUUCCAGAAGAACCAAAUCCCAAUGCUAGAGGUAAAAGAAAACUCAAGCACAAACGACAAAAGGGAGUUUCUUGGACAUUAGAUGAACACAGACAAUUUCUUAUUGGUUUGGCUAAGUAUGGGAAAGGUGAUUGGCGUAGCAUUUCUCGUAACUCUGUGAGGACAAGAACACCAACUCAGGUUGCAAGUCAUGCUCAAAAAUACUUUGAACGUCUGAACUCAAAGAACAAACACAGAAACAGGGCAAGCAUUCAUGACAUCACCGUUGAUGAAGAAAACAGAAACAUCUCACCAAAACAAGGAGCAAUCGGCACAUGGCAAAACGGAAACGUCAAUCUUGCUUCUGCCUCCAACAACCAAGCCAUUCAAACCAAUUCGCAACCGUCACUAGACCUUCCGAUUCAUGGAAGGCCCAACAACUUAUGGAAUACUCAAGCCAUCUCACAGCCAUCGCUAAACCUUCCAACAUAUGGUGCACCCCCCAUAUGGAACGCACAAGCGGCUUUGCCACCACCACCAGCCAGUAUUCCUGUGUAUGGAACGACAUUGUCCACCAUGAACCAACCAAUGGUUGGACAAAUGCCCUCACAUUUUGGAACAAACAUGAACCAUUUCGCUCAACCUCACAUGACUCCUGGUGUUCAGCCUUAUCCUCUACCUUCCUAUCCGGGUCCUCGUGCACCGAUCAACAUGGGUUCAUCAAUCCCAUAUGGUGACAUGACUUAUGCAAAUAAAUCCCAAAGAUAGGUUUUUAUUAAGCCCUCCCUGAUUUAUGCUUGUACUUAAUCCAUCUUGUUUGUUUAAUUUUCUUUCUUUCCCCAUCCAUCUUGUUGUUUGGUAUGCUAUGGAUUAUCUGAUGUUUCUCUUGGAUCAUAUUA